ACGAUUCCGAAUCCAAAUCUCCAUUUUCAAAGAGAGAGAGAAGAAGAAACAUCUCCAUUCUCCGAGAGAGAGAGAUCUGAGUCUUCUCCCAAUGCGAAGGAAACAAACGAGAGUGUAGAACAACAAAAAUGGCGUGGCAAAAAGAGAAGAUCGUCGGAAGCUGCUUCGCCGUCGGAGCCGCCUUCGCCGUCGGAGCUUCCUUCCUCCACCUCUUCCUCAAAGGCGAGCUCCCCUUAGGCUUAGGCCUAGGUCUACCCUUCGCUCCCUUCAGGAAACGAAAGCCAGUCCGCGUCUACAUGGACGGAUGCUUCGACAUGAUGCACUACGGCCACUGCAACGCGCUCCGGCAGGCGCGUGCUCUCGGCGACCAAUUGGUCGUCGGCGUCGUCAGCGACGAGGAGAUCAUAGCUAAUAAAGGACCUCCCGUCACGCCUCUUCACGAGAGGAUGAUAAUGGUGAAGGCUGUUAAGUGGGUGGAUGAGGUUAUUCCCGAUGCUCCUUACGCGAUCACGGAGGAGUUCAUGAAGAGGUUGUUUGAUGAGUAUCAGAUUGAUUACAUUAUCCAUGGGGAUGAUCCUUGCGUUCUUCCUGAUGGAACUGAUGCUUAUGCCUUGGCUAAGAAGGCUGGGAGGUAUAAGCAGAUCAAGCGUACUGAAGGAGUUUCCAGCACUGAUAUCGUUGGUCGUAUGCUUCUCUGUGUAAGAGAGAGAUCGAACAGUCAGAGUCAUUCGUCUCUGCAAAGGCAGUUUAGCCAUGGCCAUAAUAGCCCAAGGUUUGAGGACGGAGCUUCUUCUGCUGGUGGUACUCGCGUCUCACAUUUUCUUCCUACUUCCCGCAGGAUCGUUCAGUUCUCCAAUGGCAAGGGGCCAGGGCCUGGUGCACGCAUAAUUUACAUAGAUGGUGCGUUUGAUCUUUUCCAUGCUGGCCAUGUUGAGAUUCUCAGGCGUGCUCGAGAGCUGGGAGACUUUCUUCUUGUUGGAAUACAUAAUGACCAGACUGUCAGUGGUAAAAGAGGAGCGCAACACCCAAUCAUGAAUCUCCAUGAAAGAAGCUUAAGUGUUCUGGCAUGCCGCUAUGUAGAUGAGGUGAUAAUUGGUGCUCCAUGGGAAGUGUCAAAAGAUACGAUCACGACAUUUGACAUUUGGAAAGUGGUUCAUGGGACAGUAGCCGAGAGCGAUGAUUUUCAAAAGGAGGAAGGUAACCCGUAUGCUGUACCAAAAAGCAUGGGCAUAUUCGAAGUACUAGAAAGCCCUCUUGAUAUCUCAACCUCCACCAUAAUCAAGAGGAUUGUAGCAAACCAUGAAGCUUAUCAGAAACGUAAUUUGAAAAAGGAAGCUAGUGAGAAGAAGUACUAUGAGCAGAAGUCUUUUGUGACCGGUGACUAAAUAGAGAAUGAGAAGCUAUAUAUGUUUUAGAAGACAAAAACCAUCUUCAGGAUGUGAAUCCCUUAUUUCUUUGUACUGGCUAUAGUACCUUACAUAUUACAUUUUGAAUUCUCUAGUUCAUACUUUACAUAGGGCAUUGAUGGUUGUAGUACCAUUUGCUUCUUUGUAUUUUCUUCAAUUUUGGGAUGUUUCAUUAUAUUUUUUGACUUUCGCUCAAUCAAAUUAUAAUGAUUAUGAACUUGAA